CCUAGAUGGCUCCCUAUCCCCAGCCCGAUGCCCAGCUCUCCGUAGACGAGAUCACGAACGAGGACCUGCACUGCGGCAGGGGUGCUCCCUAUGGUUGCGCCAUGAUGUUGAUCCUCUUCAUGCUGAUCUUCUACGCGCUCGCGCUCUGGGAUCGUUACCUCAAGCUGAAGACGAAGGAGAGCAACCGUCUUUACUCAAAAGCCGACUUGAUCCAAGCCUACCACUCCAUCAACUCUUCCGGCCAGUCGACCCCUCGCUCGUCCUGCAGAAGCCCUACCUUUCCCCCGAGGGCUCCGACGCCACCUUCCCCCAAAAUCAUCGUUACGCCGGCUCCUGAGAGCUCGUCGGACGCGCCUGUUCAGCGGCCUUAGAACAUGGACCUUUACAUAGCAUGGGUCUCCAGUCCCGCCCCAUCCAAACUACCCCCAUUGUACUUAUAUCUCCGACCACUUCAUAUACCCCUCAUUCUAGGGAAUUCGCCUACGAUAUCAUCGCCCAUAAUAAAUUCCCGACCGUCUAUAA